AUGGCACCAUCUACUCUAGCCGCUGAAGCUGCAGAUGGCUUCGUCCACCAGCCCCUCGAGCACCCUGCGACUUCGAUCCGCUUGUGUAAGUUGGAGCCUGCGGAACACCGGGACAGCGACAUAGAAUGCACGAUAUUCACGACUCCCCUGGACGGCGCACCUCCUUAUGUCGCAGUCUCCUAUACCUGGGGAGACGCUAGGGUGCAGCGCACCAUUCAAAUCAACGGCAAGGCCCUCUCAGUCGGCUACAACAGCUGGGAAGUGUUAUGGCAGCUACGCCUGCAUAGUGAACAUGGUGCACUUUUCUGGAUGGACAUGCUAUGUAUCGACCAGACAAAUGAUGCUGAGAAGAGUAUCCAGGUGGGUCUCAUGGGCGCCAUCUACAGAAACGCAACGUUUGUCUUUGCUGGCGUAGGUGCGCACGGGGAGGAUAGUGAGUUCCUGGCUGAGCAGAUCCACCUGUAUAUUGCAUAUAUCGGACAGCGAAGGAAAGAGUCCGCGGCAGCCGAACCACGUAUACUGACCCAGCCUUGUAAUGUAUGUGGGCCGAUGCCGCCAUCUACAUCGCUUAUGGUGUAUUGCGACUCUUGCGAUCUGGUGAGUUGCAAGGAACACUGGGAUGACGUCUUCCGCCUGCACAAGGAAGAAUCUGGCCAUGGCCAGGUCGUCGAGACGGACUACACAAAUCCCGGCGCCUCACCUGUACACUGUGAUCGGUGCCGUCAGCCCGGGGGGAAGCAGUGGUACGAGCAUGUAGGAGGCACGGGACAACUCUGCCCUAAGUGCUAUCACGACAACCUGCCUCCCGCGGCUGAUCAUCAUCAAACUUAUCAACAGCGAGACCGAUGGGGAUUCACCCAGGGGGACGUCAAAUGGUAUUACAAUCUGCGUCAUGGUCUAGAGACUUGGUUAUGGUUCACUGAACUGCGGGCUAGUGCGCACCAGCGGAUCAACACUGCCCUCAAAGCCUUUUCCUUGCGCACGUACUUCACUCGCUUGUGGGUUGUGCAAGAAGUCGCACUUUCGCGCUAUGUCAUCAUGGCUUGUGGGGAUGAGAUCUUCCCUGUGGCGGAAUUCGACGCGCUGUACCGCGACUCGAACGAAGCGGUUGAAUGCGGACUGGGCCGCAAUUUCUUGGUACCUGGAUACGCUGCUGGUGGAAUUGAGGCAGGGCACCCUGCCCAGUCUCCGUCAUCAGGCAUUGCCGAACUGGUCUUCACCUUCGCAGAGUGGCAAUGCUUUGAUGCUCGCGACAGACUGUUCGCGCUACUCGCCAUGGCGGAUCAAUCUUCGAUCAGUGGUAUCACGCCAGACUAUAUCAAGUCUGCAGUGUCCGUGGUGAUGCAACUGUUGAGACAGAUAUGUAUCGAUGGCGUCUACUUCGAUAUCCCUAACGAAGAGACGAUUAUGGAAGAACUGUUCGCGAUUGUAGCAUCUUUCCGUCUAGAAUUCAGCCAGCACGAGAUUUCGGCCUUGUUGACAGCUCGGGUCUGUCACAGACAGUCCUGUCGAGUACCUUACUCGCAGCCGGUACUCGGGGCAAAGCCUUCGGACCGGACGCAGGUGAGGAUUUCGGCCCGAGUACGGACUUUCUUUCCCGUACAAGAGGAUGAGAACGGCAAGCUGUGGGCGCCGCUGCACAGAACCAAGGAAGAAAUAGAUCCAGCUCAAUGGACACUCGCAGUGCGUACCGCGUUUCGACAAGCAUGCCAACGAGCAGAAGACUCCUUUUGUGGGAUUCACUCUCGUGGCGAGAUUCUCGCAAUCGCCACCGGAUCUGUGAAGUCGGGAGACAUUGUGCUGUCUUUCGGGAACAAUAAGAACAACUUCGGAAAUCACUUCUCAGGUCUACAUACACCCUGCGCGGGGCUCGUAGUCCGGCAGACAACCAGCGAGCGCUACCUCAUCGUGGGCCAGAUCAUCUUCGACCUCGAGGUCGAACCGCUACCUGACGCACUUCUUUCGGAUGCAGAACGUGGCAGAGUUACUGGCCCCAGCUACGCACCCGAUGUUGUGUGGGAGGUACACUUCGAUCCAGAGGACCUGAUGCUCUUCAUUGUCCAGGAUCUCGUUUACUACCAAGCGCCGCGGGCACACGACCGACCGACCAUGCUUGACUGCACUGUGCGGCCCGAGUACACUGUGAAGAGACUGGAGACGAGCGUUACAUCGGACACGUUCAGUUCGUAUGCUACCCGCAGUAGACAGCCAGCAGCCUUGCCUGUAGAGUAG